UUAGCAUGACAUAUCAAAGGCUGCUGGCGUUGGUCUUCCUGUUGUUGAUCCCCACAGAUAUCUUCGCCUUGAAGUGGGCUGGGACCAGUUGCGGAAGCAAUGGCAACUACAGCAGCAACAGCGCAUACAGCGCUAACAUCAACACCACUCUCUCUUCUCUCUAUACAAACAUCGACAUCAAUGGCUUCUACAACGCCUCAGCCGGGCAGGGUCCCGACACUGUCAACGCCCUCGCGCUCUGCAGAGGCGACAUACAACUCGACGCCUGCCGCGAAUGCAUUGAAAGAGCGCGCGCCGAUCUGGUGGAUUCGUGCCCGGUUCAGAAGGAGGCCAUCUACUUUGAAGAAUUCUGCACUUUGCGAUACUCGAAUGCUACCGUCUACGCGACUCUGGUAAAUAACCCCGUCCAAUACUACUGGAAUCGAGGGAAUGCGACGAGUGUGGAGCAGUUUAAGGAGGAUCUGAGGGGGUUGCUCGAUAAUCUUCGGAUACGAGCUGCUGCCGGCUCGUCUACGAGGAAAGUGGCGGCUGGGAAUGUAACAGGGCCCGAUUUUAAAACGAUUUUCGGGCUAGUUCAGUGCACCCCGGAUUUGUCAUCGGGGGAAUGUACUAACUGUUUGAUUAGUGUCAUUUCAUAUAUACCGAUAUGUUGUAGCGAACAAAUAGGGGGUAGCUUGUUCAAUCCAAGUUGCAGUUUUCGUUUCGAGACCACUCCGUUUUUCAAUGAGACUAGGCUCAAGGAACUAGAGUUUGUUCCUACGCCUUCCCCUGUUGUCGAGCCGUCGCCGCCCUCUGAAAAGAAAAAUGGUAGCAUGACUCAAACUAUUGCCAUAAUUGUAGUUGUAAUUGUUGUGUGCUUGAUACUAUUUCUUGUAUCAGCUAUCAUCUUUCUGAGAAAGAGAAAGAAACAUAAACCAACGGAAAUUCCUCAAAAUGCGGACGAGAAUAGCACAGUCGAUCCUCUGCAGUAUCCUUUCAGCACAAUCAAAGCCGCAACAAAUGAUUUCUCUGAUCAUAAUAAGUUGGGUCAAGGUGGAUUUGGCACUGUUUACAAGGGGAAGCUUCCAAAUGGUCAAGAAAUUGCAGUGAAAAGAUUGUCGAGGGAUUCCGGGCAGGGUGACAUCGAAUUUAAGAAUGAGGUUCUCUUAUUGGCUAAGCUUCAACACAGGAAUCUGGUUAGGUUAUUGGGUUUCGCCUUAGAAGGAAUGGAGAAGCUUCUAAUAUAUGAAUUUGUACAAAAUGCUAGCUUGGAUAACUUCAUAUUUGACUCGAUUAGACAUUCAUAUUUGGAUUGGGAUACACGUUACAAGAUUAUAGUAGGUAUUGCGAGGGGAAUCCUCUACUUGCACGAAGAUUCUCGUCUCAAAAUCAUUCACCGUGAUUUAAAAGCCAGUAAUAUACUUCUAGACUGUGAGAUGAGACCCAAGAUUGCGGACUUUGGUAUGGCAAGGUUGUUCAAACAAGAUGAAACGCGGGGAAAUACAAGCCGUGUUGUCGGAACAUACGGUUAUAUGCCACCAGAGUACUUAAUACAUGGUCAGUUCUCAAUCAAGUCCGACGUCUACAGCUUUGGAGUAUUAGUCCUUGAAAUCAUCAGCGGCUGUAGAAAUAAUGGUUCUCGAAGCAGGGAUGGCAGCGUAGGGGACCUCUUGAGCUUAGCUUGGGAUAGUUGGCAAGAAGGAAAAGAUGUGGAAGUGGUGGAUCCAUUUUUGAGGAGUGGUUCGGGUUCGAUAAGUGAGAUGCUGAGAUGCAUUCAUAUUGGUUUGCUGUGUGUUCAGGAAGAUCCAGCAGAUCGGCCAACCAUUGUCUCGGUGCUGCUUAUGCUGAGUAGCUUCUCAAUAACCUUAAACUUGCCUUCGAAGCCAGCAUUUUACGCUACCAUUGGUUGUGGUUCGGAUGCGCCACUGAUUCACAACUCCGACUCUACAAAUGCUCUACACAUGACUGCUUCUUGGCAGUCUCGCCGUUCCUUGCGGAAUGAUGCCGACAUUACUGACUUAUAUCCGCGUUGAUUCCCCAAAAUUGUUUGUUUUUAUUCUACUAUUUUUCUUCUUUGUGAAUUGUAAUGGCACAG